AUGGCCAAGGCUUUGGUUGCUGGUUUUGUUAACUCAGGUUUCAUUAACAAAUCAAACAUUUUUAUUUGCACACGUUCUGAAGCUACAGCAAAAUCAUGGCGUUCUCAAGGCUUUACCUCUGCCUAUCCAAAAGACAUUUUCUACUCUGAAGUCAAAAAGCCUCGGGCUAUUAUUCUGAUUGCAAUAAAGCCACAAAUGUUUCCAUCAUUUAUUAAUGAAGUGAAGGCUAAUGAAUGGUUUUAUUUUGGGCUGCCAGGAAUUCUUUGUAUUUCUAUCAUGAGUGGAAUUUCUCUUCAACAUUUUGACAAGGAGUUGAAGUCUGUCGGUUUUGAUGGUCACAGUAUGCGUUUAAUGCCCAAUGUUAAUUGUGCUGUCUCCAGUGGGACUUUAGUUUUAUCGGCUGACUCUGAAACGCCUCAAGAAUUGGUAGAAUUAGUUUCUGUUCUCAGCUCUUAUGUCGGCAAAUGUAUUCGUGUUGAUGAAGCACAUUUUAAUGCAGCUUCGAGUAUUUCGGGUUGUGGGCCUGCUUUUAUUGCAUUGGUCAUUGAAGCUUUAGCUGAUGGCGGUGUUGUUGCUGGAUUAAGUCGUGAAUUGGCAAAUCAGCUUGCUGCUGAUAUGGUUAAGGGAACAGCUCAACUUUUUAUGACAAAAAUUUCAUCUUUGUCUCCUACUUUGGACACUCCAUCACCUGCUCAAUUAAAAGACCAAGUUUGCUCUCCAGCUGGAACGACUAUAGAAGGAGUUAGGGAACUUGAAAAACAUGGUGUUCGUUCGGCAUUUAUUGAAGCUGUUCAAUCAUCUACUCGCCGUGCCUUUGAGCUGUCGCAAUAA